GAACAGCCCCUCUCCACCCUUCUCGUAGAGGAAGUAGGUUGAAUCGAACAAAGGAGAACCCCAAACGAAUCGAAGCGAUGGCAUCUCGUCUGCUUGCGGCGGCGGCGUCCUCCUCCUCCUCGUCCGCCUCCCCCCUCGCCCGCCUCAUUGCCAGGCGCCGUCUCGCCGCAGAUCACCAUGGAUCUACAAAGGUGAACAUGUGGCAAGAGCCUUUGAACCCUGGUAAUUGGAAGGAGGAGCACUUUGUGCUAUCCAGCUUAGCUAUGUGGGGUGGUAUUUUUUAUGGUGUAGCAAAGCUUUUUGGUGGGAAGAAGGAAGACAAAACUGAGGUGGCGCCAGCGCAGGCACAUUAGGCCGCACCGGAACUUCAUUUCAUAUACUGUGGGCGAUGCUACUGUAUGGAACAAAAAGUGCUUCAAGUUUGUUGUUGACGAUAAAUUGUGGCAACUGAGAUGUGAGUUUCUGAGGAGCUGCGCUACUCAGCCACCAUGAAUAAUCUUACCGCAGUGGAACCUAAGCUGCAAAUCUUAUACUUUGCCUCGCUUUAUGAAUUGGUCUGUUGCCAAUUUUGUUUUGUCAUCUACUCUUUUUGAAUCUGCACGAUCUUGUGGUCUGAGGUUGUGCAACUUCCAAAUGGCUUUCUGGACGGCUUUUCAACCGUCUAAAGUUGUUUACAUUGUCUAACGCGACGCAAGGAGCACAGCUAUUUUGAUCUAAUUUUGAAAUA